GUGUUUGAGCGUCAGUGAGUGACGUCACCGGGAUGCAGGAGAGCUGCGCAGUUAGCGGACCGCGGGGAAAGCAGGCGGUUCUUGGGCACAGGUCCAGAGUUGGGGUUGGUGGAGGAUCAGAGGAGCUGUGUGUAAUGUGUCAGACAGACAGAUCAGGUGUGUAAUGUUCAGAAGAGCAGAAGGAGAGCAGUAGAGAGAGCAGUGUUGUGGAGUGGUGCUGAUCCCUGGGUUUGAUCCCUGCAGCACGGAGUCUGUGUGGCUGAUUCAGACAGUUCCUCCAGAUGGACCUGUGGACUGUGCUGGGUCUCUGUGUGCUGGCUGUGCUGCUGGGCUUAAUGUUCACUGCCCACAGACUGGGCUUACUGGACCAGAUCUUCCAUCAGGCGGACAGGACGAGCCCUCGGCAAGGAGGCGAGAGUGUGGCACAGGUGCUUCAGGCUCAUGGCAUCAAGUUUGUGUUCACGUUGGUUGGCGGACACAUCUCUCCGAUCCUGGUGGCGUGUGAGAAACUGGGGAUCCGUAUUGUGGACACCCGUCACGAAGCUACAGCUGUGUUUGCUGCUGAUGCAGUCGCAAGACUCUCUGGUACAGUAGGUGUGGCUGCAGUGACAGCAGGACCAGGCCUUACGAACACGGUUACUGCAGUGAAGAAUGCUCAGAUGGCUGAGUCACCUUUGCUUUUGAUGGGUGGAGCAGCUGCCACUCUGCUACAGGGUCGAGGAGCUUUGCAGGACAUUGAUCAGAUGUCCCUUUUCAAGCCACUCUGUAAGUUCUGUGCGUCUGUCAGGAGAGUGAGGGAGAUCGUGCCCACUGUGAGAAAAGCCCUGGCCAUCGCCCAGUCUGGCACACCAGGUCCUGUGUUUAUCGAGUUCCCCAUAGACACUCUUUAUCCAUAUCAUAUCGUAGAGAAAGAGAUCUCUCCUAAAAGCCCUCCUAAAGGAAUUGUUGGAAAAGUUGUUUCAUGGUACCUUCGCAAUCAUCUAACAAACCUUUUUGCUGGAGCAUGGGAAGAAAGGGAUCUCUCCCCUCUGCCUGUGCAUGUACCUAAAGCAACAAACGAGGAGGUGCAAAGGUGUAUCGAGCUGGUAAGCAGGGCGAAGAAGCCAGUGAUCGUGUUAGGCAGCCAGGCGACACUCCCACCAACACCUGUCGCAGAGAUCAGAAAAGCUCUGGAGUCUUUAGGCAUCCCCUGCUUCCUGGGUGGGAUGUCCAGAGGGAUGCUGGGGAAGGACAGUCCUCUGCACAUCAGACAGAACAGACGAGACGCUCUGAAAGAGGCGGAUUUGGUGCUGCUGGCGGGGACGGUGUGUGACUUCAGAUUGAGUUACGGCAGGGUGCUGAACAGACGCAGUAAAAUUAUCGCAGUCAACCGAGACAAGACUCAGCUACUGAAGAACUCGGACUUGUUCUGGAAACCCACAGUGGCUGUUCAGGGUGAUGUUGGUUCCUUCUUGCUGCAACUGUCAAAGGGCUUGGUGGGACACAGAUGUUCUAAAGAAUGGCUUCAGUGCCUGAAGGAUCGGGACAAGACAAAAGAGAAGGCAAACAGAGAUAAGGCCCAUGAGAAGGUGGAGCGGCAUCUGAAUCCUCUGAGUGUCCUGCAUUGUGUUGAUGAGCUCCUGGUGGAAGACAGUAUCAUUGUUGCUGAUGGAGGAGACUUUGUAGGCACUGCUGCUUACAUAAUGAGACCACGAGGACCCCUCUGCUGGCUGGACCCAGGGGCUUUUGGGACUCUUGGUGUUGGAGGAGGUUUUGCCCUGGGAGCAAAGCUCUGUCGUCCUGACUCGGAGGUAUGGAUUGUUUAUGGUGACGGUUCCCUUGGUUACAGCGUGGCAGAAUUUGAUACUUUCACCAGACACAAGACUCCUGUAAUUGCACUCGUGGGAAAUGAUGCUUGUUGGAGUCAGAUCUCUCGGGAACAGGUGCCCCUGCUUGGCAGCAAUGUAGCUUGUGGCCUCGCAUUUACAGAUUAUCACGUUGUUGCCGAUGGUUACGGUGGUAAAGGUUACCUGAUUGGCCGGGAAGACGAGUCGCGUCUUGAAAGCAUUGUAAAAGAAGCACAGAAGGAGUGUAAAGAGGGCAAGGCAGUAUUACUGAACGUACUCAUCGGGAAAACCAACUUCCGAGAUGGUUCUAUUUCUGUGUAGAGAUCCUGUACUCCACCGACUGAGAUCCUGAGAACCUGUCACUCGCAUGUGCUUUAUUUAGUGUAAUGUGCAUUAAGCAGUAAAGAUACGAGCAGACGGUAAAAACAGACGGGCGCUGGAAACCUCCACGGCUUUAGUAUUGAUCUUUCAAAAGAAUUACUGUUUUCAGGUCAGGAAGUUUUUCCUGCUUUAUGCUUUAUUUAGUAUUUUUUUAGAAUGAUUUCCUGAAGAUUUACUGUUUGUAUUCACUAAAAAAGGAAAUAAUUUUGUUUUUAAGUAAUAACCAUUAACUAAAGAUUGUUCAACAUUUCAAGAUAAAGGGAGUUGAAUUGAGGCUUUAAGAUUUUUUUAUGUUGUUUAUACUAAUUAAAUUAUUAAUUAUGUUGAAAGACAAGAGACAUGACAUUUUAUUGUAAUAUUAAUGUUGUUUACAAAAACUAAUGUUGAAUUACAGUACCAGUCAAAAGUUUGUACACCCCAUCCUCUACUCCAUUCACAGGUUGUUUUUUUUCUUCUGUAUUGUGACUAUUUUCUACACUGUAGAACAAAACUGAAGACAUCAAACACUAUGAAAUAACAUCUGGACCAUAUCUGGAAUGAUGUAGUAAAACAAAAGUGUUAAAAAACAAAAUGCGUUUGAUAUUUUAGAUUCUUCAGCGUAUCCAGCGUUUCCCUUGAUGACGCUUUACACACUCUUGGCAUUCUCUUAAGCAGCUUCAUGAGGGAGUCACCUGGAAUACUUUUCAAUUAACAGGUGUGUCGCAUCAAAAGUUAAUUAGUUGACGAGUUUCUUGCCUUCUUAAUGCGUUUGAGAUCAAACAGUAAAUAAUAAAAAUACAAAUAAUAAAAUAGCCCUAUUGAACACCACAACUGUAGUAAUCCAUAUUAUGUCAAGAACCGAGCAACUAAGUAAAGAGAAACGACAUCCAUCAUUACUUUGACCUGAAGUGACUUUUCUUUAUUUUCAUUAAUUAAAAAACACUGAAUUAGAAGGGGUGUCCAAACUUUUACUGGUACGGUAUGUGUCAAAAUAUUUUAUUAUAUAAGUGUAAACAAGAAUGUUGCACAACUCAUGUUUAAUUUCACAUUAUUGUAACAUCAUAAUUAAAUUUGAGUUACCAGUCA